CUGGGUUGGACACCUGCCAGAACUUCUCAGAAAAAUUGUAAACAGCCAAAAUGAGUGCUAAAAUAUUUGCUGCCACUUUUGCUUUUUGCCUGCUUUAUACAGCAUUUUCUGAAGGUGUGUAUAAAAUAAAAAAAUCGUCAGCCCUACGGUGUCAGUGCUUAACGACCCACUCUGCUUUCAUCCCACCUCGACUGUACAAAAGUGUGGAACUUAUACCCAGUGGACCCCACUGCAAAAAUCUAGAAGUCAUAAUCACAAUUAAAUCUGGGGAACGUGUGUGUGUGGAUCCAUCUCAGCGCUGGGUAGAAAGGAUUAUCAAAAGCAUAUUAGAAAGCAACAAAAAUGAAGAGCCAGUGACACAAACAGAUCGCUAAGACAAGCAAAAAUGCACUUAAAUUCAUGGAAAAGUUGGCAUGCUUAUCUUUGCUUCCUCUCAGGAUUUAUAAUAAAUGCUACAUAUCAUUGUUAUACAUUUUAUAAACAUCUCUGGCUAAAAGCAACCCUCAGCAUAGUUUUAUAUCUGACCACCAUUAUUCACUAAUAUUCAGUAAUAAACUCUAUUGUGCAUUGUUUAACCUCCCAGAGAUGAUUUCCUGAAUGUUUUUGGCCAUGCUUCCAAAUUCUCCAACCAUUCAUCAUUACAUCCUGGUCAUGCCACCAGCUCUGCCCCAGCUUAGUAUUUAAAUCAGUGAACCAUACAAAGCAUUCAUCAGGAGGGACGAAAGCUCAGAAUUUUACAUGAUUUUCCGAAAUUAGAAAAUUAGAGGUGGGAUAUAAAGCCAAAUGAGAAUACUAAAGUUAAACCAGAUACAAUCUCUUUUCAUACGGAUGAGAUAACAAUUACAGUUUAGUGUAGUAGUACUUUAGCCCAAAGAUAAGACCAUCUACAACCCCAUGAAUUCUCAGUUAUGCUAGGGUGCUUGGCUUGUAUAAGUAUUAUAGGGGCAUAUUUAUCAAUGACUAAAUAAAUACACCCUUUCAUGAAUACACCUAUAUUUUAUAUAUACAAGUAAGAGAUUCCUGUGAGAUAUACCUGGGACGAGCUCUAUUUCACUUUUGUAGACUGCAUAUAUAUAUGCUUACAAAUACAACUAGAACUAUGUUAUAGAAAGGUUAAUGAAUAUGACAAAAUUCCAAACUUGGAUAAUUAUCAUAAGAAUAAUAUAUUUUUGAAUUCAUUCAGGUAAAAUAUAAACUGAUAUUCACUUACUGAUUGAUCUAUGGCACUGAAUUCCCAGUUUUUCUUUCAGAGAGAGAUUUCACAGCUCUCACUUUUAUAGAAUUUGUUAUUUUCACCCCCACUUGCCCAGGAAAAUCAUAUAUAAGUGACUAGAGAGCAGUGAGCUUUGUUUUCACUUUUAGAUAUUUAUGCCCUAUAGUACUGAAUCGUCUGAAUGGAUCCCCUCGUCUAUAUUGCUGAAAUACCUAUAGGAACCAUAUAUAUAGAAUAGUUGACCAUGCACAAUCUUUUAUUUAUGUAAUACGAUUUUUCACAAUCUGGGACAUGUAUACUAAAUAUAUCUACAUUUCUACAUAGUGCAUGUUUUUUUUACAAAUGCAAAGCAUAGCGAAGCAGCAUUGAAGCAAGCAUUACUAGGAAAGAGAGAGCAUUUCAAUAUUAAUAUUUGUGUGUGUUUUGGUGGUUUGAAUAAAGGUCUACAUUUUCCUAAUUUGAAUUUAUGUAAAUAUGCUUCUGCUUCAUGAUAUCUUAUUUUGUUAUGAAAUAAAGGUAUUCAGCAAAA